AGUUGGCUGAGCAAGACGACAAGAUGCCGUCGAUCGUUACUUCAAAAACAAAGACCAAAGGCCCUACAGCACCUGUCAAAGUAUAUAGACACAUUUCUAAGUUAGAGUUUUUAAAUUCCGAAUUGCCUUCCCCGUUCGCAUCACCGUUCUACUAUGACAAUUCGAUGUACUCCAACUCGCCACCCUUCACAAAGGAAACUCCAUUUAUGGCUAAUCUGGUUAGAGCAACGUAUCUCACAUCGGAAGAUGCAGAGAAACAAGUGAUUAAAAUGGUACUAAAUUUGAAAGGCUUGGGCGCGGACUUUCGGCCAGGUGAUGCCAUUGGUAUUUUGCCAAGAAACGAUCCUAAAAAAGUCGAGCGUUUGAUCUCCCUUCUCAAAUUGAGCCAUAUGAAGGACAUACCUUUUAUCAUUGUACCGAAAGAUUCAAAUGCGUCUGAAUCUACACCAGCCUUGCCGAAACAUAUAAAAACUCCGUCAACGCUGCAACAGGCGCUUACUUACAUUGAUAUCUCUGGAAUAGCCGGAAAGAGACUCCUCAUGACACUUGCUUCCUAUUGCUCCGACAGAGCAGAUCACGACGAACUAACCCAAUGGGCGACUUGCAGAGAAGACUACAAUGAAUUUGUCGAGAAAAGACGUUUUAACGUUCUAGACGUACUUGAAGAAUUCACGUCAUGCGAACCUGACAUCUCGCACUUGUUGGAUUGUCUUCCCCCCCUGAUGCCGCGCUACUUUUCAAUGACUGACUAUUCAGAGGCAAACUCCGAGUUUUCCUUUGUAUUUUCUGUAGUAGAUUUCGCCAUACCUAACACAGAGAAGAGGUUCCAGGGGGUAUGCACGAACUGGUUAGCAGCGCUGGCAAAUUCACGUAUAGAGACGAAAGAAAAAAACAAGGAAAUGAUUGCAAUUCCAAUUUUUAAAAAGCCAAGCUCAAAUUUUACAUUGCCCGAAGAUCCGACUAGGCCGAUUAUCAUGGUAGGCACUGGGACGGGUGUUUCGCCCUUUGUGAGCUUCCUAGAGAAAAUACAACAAGAUAUGUCGAACGGAAUCAAAGUUGGUAAAUGCAUGUUGUUCGUUGGAUACCGACACCCCUUGAAAGACUACCUUUUCAAAGAAAAGCUCGAGGCUUUUCAAAAGGCAGGGGUGUUAGAUAGCUUGAUUGUUGCGUUUUCUAGACUCGAAGAUCGCAUUGUAUACGUUCAGCAUCGAAUGCAAGAGCAUGAAUAUGCUAAUGAACUCUUUCAGCUAAUGUACGCACAAAAUGCAAUUUUUUAUAUUUGCGGAGAUAUAAAACAAGUUGUUCCAGGCAUAAGAGAAGCGUGGACCAAUAUAUUGGUCUCUCAGGGCAAAACGAAAACAGAGGCGAAAGAGUUACUUGCUCAGUGGAUUGAAUCAAGGCGCUAUAUUUUGGAUAUUUGGGGAUAGAGCGAAUCCGCGCAAAAAGUUGCCAUUGUGGGAAAAGCUGUUCUAGACAAAAUAGGCUCAGAUUGUGUGUUCCAUGACUUGAAUUUUUUUGUAAGUCUGUACAAAAAAUAUUUUAGUGCAUUCGCCGUAUUAUCAUCUAAGAAGAGCCCUGCGCAAAAUCUCAAGAAGACCUGGACUAUUACGUGCUAUGGCUCAAUGGGUUUUUUUGCUACAAUACUUCGUCACUUUGUCUGUUUAAAAGACAGCAAAGAGGUCAAAUACGCCUCCUAAAAACCGAUGAAUGAUGCUGUAGUUUGGGCGAAUAAAACACAUUUGACACAGCUACGACGACAUACAUAACUCGAAUGCUAAAUGUUUAACGCGCGAGUCCUAAAGGUCAUUUGUGAUGGAGGAUUGUAGAAUUUACGCCGUCAUUCAUUAUAUGAGCUCCCUUGAAUUGGUCAUCCUGUCAGCUGUUUUAUAAUAGACGAGCUUUCAGGGCCACGAAGGCGCAUGACGUGAUUUGAAGUUGAUGGUUGAUCUG